AUGUCGAUUGACCAUCUAAAGACGGUAAUACGACUGCAAGCAACUGUGGUUGAAGGCUUUGGUCGCGGUGGAAAGCAGCUGGGUUGUCCGACAGCCAACCUUUCAAGCAAGGAUUUAGGCGACAUUUUGGACCAAUUGCCCACUGGUAUUUACUGCGGCUGGGCUACAGUUGAUGACAAGGGUCCCUAUAAAGCUGUCGCUAGCAUUGGCUGGAAUCCUUAUUUUAAGAAUGAGGAAAAGACGGUGGAACCUCAUUUGCUGCAUAAAUUUGAAAAGGAUUUUUACGGUGCACAGAUCAAGUUCCUUAUCGCUGGCUACAUCCGCCCGGAAAUGAAUUUUUCGUCGCUCGAGGCGCUCAUUAAGGCCAUCCAGGACGACAUUGCACAGUCGGAUGAGUGGCUAGACACUCCGGAGGGCAAAUCCUGGGCGCGAGAUGCGCUGUUUCAGUAG